AUGGCGCUGUGCCGUGGGCUCCGGCGGCUGGCUGUCAUCAAGGACAGCUUCCCGCAGAUGCGAACCCCUGGAUGUGAUCCAAGCAAACCAAGUGUAUCGAAAGUCAUGAAGGAGAUGCUGAACAACCAGACCUCUGCCCUCCCCCAUGCGGUCGGAGAGGAGGCAGCUGUACCUGGAACACCCAGCAAGCACAUAGUGACCGACACCGAUACGAAGUCCAUGCCUAUGCACCUUCCAAAAAGCUACCUCCCGCGUGCCAGUACCACCAUGUCCGGGCCUGCCGCAGCAGCUGCCUUCCGCGGCUUGACGAACUACCGUUCUCACAUGUCAGCUGGGGCUUUGCCGAUUGGUGGCCAGAAAUGGAGGCCACCUGGUUGGAAGGAGGGGACAAGUGCUCCCCAGCCACCACAAGACAAGGGCAGGAACGCGGAGUUCUACGAGCGCCCUGCUUUUGAGGUGUGGGGAGUCCGAGCCGUGGCAGUUCUGGUCGUGGUUGCGUUGUACGUCGAGUUCAAGGAUGUGAACAUCAGUCCAUCAGGCCAGAUCACACGCAAAGCGCGGCCCAAGCGGCAGCUGACGCCACAGGAAGAAGAGGAGCAGAGGCGGAUGCAAGAAGAGGAUAUGCCCGCCCUCAACCGAGCCUCCCGAUCGUCGGGGUCGCAGCUUUCUAUGGUUUCGAACAGGUCCAUAGGAUCUCACGCGCCUGUGAUUACCGGGCAUUCUGGACGGCGCUUCACACGAGGCAUUACGGUGGACAGCUUCAAUAAGAGAGAGGCGCUUAAGGCGUGGAGACCUGAUGAAGACAGUUCCUACGCCUGUUUGCUGUCUCAACAUUCCUACAUCAAGAGUUUAAGUCGCAGCUUGCUCAUGGUGGUGUUGGCAUCCUUUGACAAAGUCACCUCCAUCGCGCUUUGUAUCAGCCUUUGCACUGACAAGGAGUUCAUUGAGCUGAGAAAAUCGUGGGAAGGUGUACUUGUUGUGCAAUCUAUCGUCAUCUUGUUUGUUGUCUAUGUCCUUCUGUGGAUCUUUACAGCCAGAGGACGUGCCAACGCCCAGGUGCAGGCAGACAUUGACUACGUGGGCGAUUUCGUUUGGCCCAACGGGGCGCCGGACAUGGCUUCAGCGACCCCUAGGCCCGAAGGAGAUCGUCUUGCCUCCAACCUCGCAGUGCGAAUCUCUCUCACUUACAUGCAGCUGUUCUCAAUCCCAUACUUGGUCACAGACGUUGUGCAAUUGUGCCACCCGCGGAAGGGCGCAAUGAGAUAUGCCGCGCUCAGUCACCGCGGCAAAGUCCCCCGCAUUUUUGCCCUGGGCUACGUCAACAAGGUAAUGUUCCAGUUUGAGGAGACUGUGGGCAUCCUCACGCAGCUGCCGAAUUUGGCUCUUGUAAAGCUGCCCUGCAUGGCAAUGAAGGUUUACAUGUUUGUGUCGCUGAAGCGGAGAGUCCUCGUACUGGUGAGUGCGUUAUGGGACUUCCUCUUGUUUGUUGUAAAGGUGUACAUGAUCUGCGCUCAUAUCGAGACCGCGAUCAAAUUCAAAAGUUGGCUGGUGUCUUCACACCCGGAUGCAAGCCGGGCGGCGAGGACAGUCAGGGAGAAGCUUCUCAAGAAGCAUUUCUUCUUUCACGAGUCGGCUGCAAAGUCCGGACAUUUGGAGGAUCCCGGGGUGCUGGGGCAGGGGGCCCAAGCAAAUGCAGAGGGAGUUUGCCAAGCUUGUGCUGGAGAUGCCAUGGGAGCAGCGGAGCCCGCCUCCAGGCUGCAAGCAGCUGGGUGCUACAAUGCCUUCCAGUCCAAACUGGCCUGCAAGCCCGACGAAGCAGUCAAUGCUGGGGCCGAGCAACAGCAACAUGGAUCAGAUGGACACUCCAAAUGGUUCCUCCAGAAGACCUUGCUGGAUCAUGACAAGUCCAUGGACCAUCCGUGGAUGCAGAUGAUCUACAAGCAGAGCUUCAGCAUGAAGCAGUACGCUGCAUGGCUCGCGCUGAACCAUCAGGUUUUUAAGGUCAUGGAGGCAAAAUUCGACCCCUCGUCAGAGCCGAUCCGCACCGUCCAUGACGAUGCGCUCGCUCGCACACAGAAGCUUGAGGCAGAUUUGGCUCGACUGAUGGGCCCUGGCUGGAGUGAGGAGACAAAAGAGAUUUGCUCGGCCUCUGCUUCUGCCAAACGCUACCUGGAAGGUUUGGAGGCAGAUGCAGAUGAUCCGCACUUGCUGCUGGCCCAUCACUUUCUGCAGUACAAUGCCGUGCUCAGCGGCGGUGCUUACUUGGGAGAGAUGGUGUCGCAAAAGCUGUGCGUGCCGCAUGGCGCCCCAGGGGUUAGGUUCUAUCAAUUCGAAGGGGUGCAGCCAGGCAAGGAACCAGCGCGAGUGCAGGAAUACCUUAAGUCCUUCGACCAGUUGGAGAUAGACCAAGAUACGCGAAACAAGAUGCUGAAGGCCAUGAAGCGUAUCUAUGCCGACACGGAGGCCAUGAUGACGCAGAUAUUUGACAUGAACCCAGCCAGUGGCGUCAGCUACAAGAGCUCCAAAGAGGCAUCGGAAGCAGGUGGCGUGGAGCCGCCCGCUCCUUGCAACGAGCAGUUGACGCUGAGCCUUCAGGAGCUGCGGAAGUUUACAGGCGAGGACCAGGGGCGCAUCCUGAUCGGCCUCGCUGGAGAGCUGCUGGACGUCAGCUCCGGCCGCGAGAUGUAUGGACCAGGCUGCGGCUACUCAUUGCUGGCCGGUCAUGAUGUAACUCGGUGUUUGGCGACGAUGUCUCUCGAGCCAGAACACCUGGAUGAUUUGAGGUGGUCUCCGGACUGUGCAGAAGACGAGGAGGCUCUGAAUCAGUGGCGGCAGCGGCUAAAAGAGAAGUAUCCCAUCGCAGGAAAGCUGGCUGAAUCACCAGCAGAUGCCGAGCCGGAGGGCCUGCGAAAGCGUUUGAAUGGAAAGGAGGAGGCACCUGCGGCCAAGGCGGAGGCGCAUGGAGAGGGCGAGCGCUGCCCGAUCUCCGGCAAGCAGGGCACCUGCCCCAUGGCCGCGAUCAUGGGGGUUAAGCCCGCGGCGAAGGCACAGCCGGCCCCAGCUGCUGGCUCUGGCUCCGGCGGAGCGUUCAUGGCAGGGAAGAGCCUGGUAGCAAGCGUUCAGAAAAAGAACACGUUUGACGAUUCCUUGCUUUACCGGCUCUGCCCGCUGCACUGGGAUGACAAAACCAUCAAGAUGGUGUGCAUGAUUGCAGCCGCUUCCUGGAUGAGCGGUAUUUUCAUCGGAUGGAACCUGAGAAAGAUGCUAGUUAGAUAA